ACCGCUGCAUUUCCAUUAGUUCUAUUGGCUGUUGGUUUGUUUGAGUGGAGACGAGGGUUUGAAAAGUAAGUCAGCCUUCCUGUUGAUUAUACACUUAUCUGUUGUUUAUUGUUGAUUCAGUGAAUAUCUGGUAAUAUAUUUUAGUCACAUACCCCUAUAGGUGGGCUGUGUUUAGUUUGAUAAUUACUCACAGAGGAUCAAACGAAGUUUUGACACUUAACUGGCUUUUGCUAAUGCUGUUUGUCUUCGAUAACAAGAUUUAAACCCACAAAGGUUUACGGAGGAUUAGAGACAAAUAUUUCGAUCAAUACAACUGUAUCAUCACAAAAAAUGACGCAUUGGGAAAAAAGUCGUAGAUGAGAGCAUUGGGUUAAUUUUAAAGCGACUGGCUUUUCUGUAAGGUAGCCUCUUUAUUAAAACGUACUACUUUGUGGUUUGAGACACUCGAUCAGAGGCAGCUGGUUCCCCAACAGAAGUGGACUUAAUCUGGACACGGACUAGCACACAGACCUCCACGUUUACUGCUGUCAUUUUUCAACUCUACCAGACACUGUUUUGCUUUUAUAUUCACAGAAAGAACCACCAUGGAGGCAGAGGUUGAGUUUUUACGCGACCAAGGUAAGGAUAUGGGAGGUUUUGGAGGCUUUUAAGUGGAGCCCAGCACAGACAAAGGUCAGGUCAGAACUGUCCUUCAGGAUGUUUUGCCACAUUUUUAUUCAUACGGCUGUGAAACUUAGAGAUGCACCGAUUCGAUCGGACAUCGGGUGAAAAAAGAAGAACUUCCUUUAACAGGCAAAAACCUCGAGCAGAUCCAGAGUGAUGUUAGACAGUCAUCUGCUGAGACUGAGCUGGGUUUAGAGAGGGAGAUGGAGAAAGAGAGAGACAGAGGAGAGGCAGGUAGAGAGGGGUAGAGCGAGAUGGAGAAAAAGAGAGAAAUGGACAGAGGAGAGACUGAUAGAGGGAGAUAAAGAAAGAGAGAAAUAGAGGGAGAUGCAGAGGUGGACAGAGAAGAGACUGAUAGAGGGAGAUGGAGAAAAUACUGUCAUCUUAACUUCACCACAUUACAAACAUAUAUUUGGUGAUACAUCAAAGAAGGCAUACAGUGUUUGGCUGUAAAGAAAGACUUGCAAAGAGUGUUUUUUCCUAGACCUUUGUAAGGAAAGCAUUUUACACUUUACCGAGCCAUUUUACUUGGAUUGACUUAAAAUAACUGGGUUCAGUGUCAGCCCUGUCACAAUGUUGAAGUCUCAACAAAGCCCGAGCUGUUACCUCACACUGCAUAUAGGCAUCGGUUUCCCCAUUCAAAACAUUGAAAAUAUGGGUUUGAUUUAGUUUAAAGCAUACAUACUCCUAUGUUCCUCACCUAAUAUAGCACUAGAGUUGGAUAUAUGAACAUAAUGCUAUAUUUAAGUGAUAGGCAAACCCCCAUCUGAAGUGCUAGAUCAAACAUUUCUGCUCUCUAUGACUGAGGAGGUGAUGAAGUAUUUCGAGGCCACAGAAUGUGCACUUCUCAUGAAACAAAGACUGUUAAAACUCAAAAAGAAGAUUACACAUUUAGGAAAUCCACAAGGCACUGAUACUGACCACGACAUGCUUCCAAUGAUCUAGUUCUCAAGAGAUUUGAUCCUGAUGAUGUUAUUGUGUUUUUGUGAUUUAGAGGCAGGGAGCACCUUAAUCCGAUUCUCUGUCUUCCACUUCAUCUCAGGAUACUCCAUGCAAAAUAUCAUUCAUGUGAUUUAAAAUACCAACAACUUAUUGAGUCCCAAUUCAUGCCAGAAGCAUUUUUUAAAAGCAGGGCCUUUCGGACCAAAUCACCCCUGAGUUGAGAGUAAUCAACAACUUUGAGCUUUGGGGUAACAGAAACAUUGGUUAAAAAAUAAAGCUGGUAGAACUGUUUCUGGCUUUUGGCCUCACAGUGAAUUGAAGGAAAGCUCUGACCCACAGCAGUGUUUUAAUUUACUGAGCUCCAGUAAUUAUAACCUCAACCAAGCUCUGAGCAGUGACAUUAUAGUUACGGUGGAGAGGAAAAACUUCCCUUUAACAGACAGAAACCAUGCCAGAGACAGGACGAGACGAGAGAGGGAGGGGAGGGAGGGAGCCAGGGAGGGAGUUGAGAGGCGAGAGAGAGAGAGAGAGAGAGAGAGAGAGAGAGAGAGAGAGAGAGAGAGAGAAGAGAGAAUCUAAGCAGCUCUAACUAUAAGCUUCAUCAAAGAGGAAAGUUUAAAGUCUACUCUUGAAAGUUGAGAGGGUGUCUGCCUCCCAAACCUGCUAGCCUGCUAGCUAGAGGGGCCUGCUAGCUGAAAGCUCUACCUCCAAUACCAAUUCUAGAGACUUUUGGCACAAGGAGUACAUUGUUUCAUUGAUCUGUCAUUGAAUUGCUCAGUAUUUGAGUCUGAGGGAAACAUGUAUUUCUAUAUCUCAACGGUUUUCUUUUUCGGUCAACAAGAACUGGUAUCAUCAACCUGAAGGGCCUGUUUGUGAAUUCUUAGAUUUCUAAAAUAGUCAAGUGUUUUUAGAAAACCAGACAGAUCUGAACAGCAAGGAAAUGUCAGUUUAUUGCAACAUUGUUUGUUUGUUUUUUUAAGUUCACAGGUUAAAUUCUGCUCUGAGCCAGUAUCAGUCUGAGAACCAGUCUCGGUCCUCACCAUCUCAGGUAAACUUUUGUAAUUUACUUUGUUAUUUGCUAUCUCCAGAACACUUUACAUUUGCAUAUUUGGUUCUUUAAAAAAUGAUUCAGCAGUUUAUACAACAUUGAUGGAGGCCAAGAGAGGGGAGAAAAACAGAACAAGGUUUCCUGGUGAGAUGUUGGGCAACCAGCGGGACUGAACUUACCAUAGAGAGCACCAGGAGUCUUCCAUUGACCUUGCCUUUUUUUUAAAUGUCUUAUAAAUCCAUCACAAACACACCCAGAAAGGGAAAACUACAACAAGUGCAGGCAAAGCAGGACCAGGCCGGGGCAUGAAGUCUGAUACAGGCUGGAUUUUGUGUCCUUGUGUGAUUGUUCAGUGGCAUUUUGAAGACGCCAGAAUAUAACUGACUCGUCUGCAUGUUGGUGAAAGAGUAACUGAGUACAACAGUAUGUUAAAUCCAGUAACUGUCCAUGUAUUGAGUAUUGGCUGGAAAAAAGGAGAGCGGUUGAGGUCAGAGGAAGGGGGGAGGGUGGAGCAAGAGAUAGGAGAUGCAGUCAAAUGUGUGAAAAUCAGCCAAAUGUUUGGAUGCCUUUUUGUUAUUUUAUUGUCAUCUUGGACAGACCGCUGUGGGAGAGAUAGAACUGUGACAACAAUGUGUUGACUUUGUAUUGAGUGAUCACGAUAAUUCAAGGAAGCCAUUUUGUCAUAGGGAUUGCCGGGGCAGCUCGUGUUUUUGCUGUAUGUCAGAGCAACUUUAACAAAAUACCUUUGGUGUUUAAAUGAACAAAACAAAUAAAGACAAGGCUUUCAUUGAACUGUCAAUAGUGUGUAAUUGUGACUGUGUGAUUAAAGUACGGAGGUUAUUAACGAUAUACACUGUCAUAUCCCUCAAAGGAGAGAUGUGGACCCAGAUUUGGCCUGAAAAUCAUCUCCUUUGGUACAACAGUGUUGCUGUAUUCCUGCAGUAAAGGCAUUCAUCAAGAUAUUCCUUUAAACGAGCAACUCCCAAAGCUAACCCUUAGCCCAGUGGUUCUCAAGUCCAGUCCUUGAGCCCCCCACUGUCCUGCAUGUUUUGGAUGUUUCCCUGCUCCAACACACCUGAUUCAAAUGAUCAGCUCGUUAUCAAGCUCUGUAAUGGCUUAAUAACGAGCUGAUCAUUUGAAUCAGGUGUGUUGGAGCAGGGAAACAUCCAAAACAUGCAGGACAGGGGGGACCAGAGGACUGGACUUGAGAACCACUGCCUUAGCCUCUGCGUAUUUCUGGUUAACAGGUUGAGGAGGUCAGGUGGUCGGAGUCACUUGCACCCUGGAUCUUUGAUCGAAGGUCAGGCACUUAAAGAAUAAACACACAAUUCUUCUUGUUCAACAUUAACUCAUUCAGGUGAUGUCUCUUUAUCAGUGGCCUGGAGUGCAGAUGUUAUUACACGUGUAACACAUUAAUGAUCUGUGUUUCAGUGUGAUGGCUCCUCUGAUCAUAGAGUACGAUCGGCACAUAGAUGAAAUGACUGAACAGCUCCAGAAAUACCAGGUGAAAAAAAAGAACAUUAAAAGAAAGAAUAAAAAGAUGGUCAACUUUGGAAACGCUCAUUUUGCAUGUGUUUGAAUCAACAGGCGCAGAUGACAGAUGUGAAAGUGAAGCUGGAGAGAGUUGUCAAGGAGAAUGAGAGGUAGUAAAGUCUUCCUGGCGUCAAUAAACCAAAGAUUAAAAGAAAUGGGUUGAUGGUGUUUGUUCAGUAUGAGUGACUGAAAUCAAAAACUCUCUGUGUUUGAUUAUUUGAUAAUAAAAAAUAUGAUAACACAAACACACAUCUCCUUUUCCAGGCUGCACGCAGAGCUGAGGGAGUCAGCUGAAAGGCAGCUUAGUUCCCUCCCAGCAGCUCUGAGUGUGGAGGGCGGCACACUGGAGGAGGAGGUGAUCAUCAGAAAUCUUCAGGAGCAGGUCCAGCUGUCUGAGCAGGUCUGUAACAGUAUGUUCACAGCUUUGAUGACACUCAUCCUUAACGUGGAGAAUAGUUUGCAUUAAACUGUAGCUAGCUAACAUUCGUUAGAAGAGACCUUAGAGAGACAUUAUAUCAGUCUGGGAGAUCUUUAGAGUAGUUGUGCACUAUCUGCAGCUCAAAAAACUUUAUCUUGUCCUGGUUUUUGUGAGAGACUCUCAUUUCAACCACUGACUGAACACUUUGUUUGGCUGCUUCCCACCGAUAUAAUGUCAGACACUGCUUGUGGGCAUUGUUUUCACAAAGUUUUGUCAUCGUUAAAUUUUUGAAAAGUUAUGCCUUUACAAAAAACACCUGAGGUCAGUCAUUAGCGUCCACUCUGCUCUCUGUUUAGCCAUGUUUGUAUGUGUUAGCUAUAGCAGUAGUUAAUGCUACUUACAGUUUCACAGAAUUUCAGGUUUCAUUAACAAAUAAAAUCCAAAUCCAGCUCACACUGAUCUCUGUGUUCUUAGAGAUGUUAUCAGUGAUGAUGGGAAACACAGUGAGUUGCAGCUUUGUCCCCAAAACGUCCAAACUUUCCACUGUGACUGCUGUCUAAAACAUAAAAAUACUUAAAAGCAACUUUCUGUAACAAACUGAUUAAACACAGCACAUAAGUGCAGAAGAGGACCAGUUGGAAAACCACUUCCCCUGAGCUGCCAAGUGGGCCUGUCCUUAAGCAUUGUCCUGGUAGCAUGAUAUAACCUGACAUUAGGUUAGUAAGCCAUUCAGGAAAACACAUUUGGGGACUGUUGCCAUUAAAGUAUCUCAUGUUAUGUAACUGUGCCACAGUUUCGUAUGGACGUCAAACAUUACAUACAUGUGUGUAUUACAUAAAUGUAUUUGAAUAUGGACCAGAAUAAUAGGUCUUUUUUUAAAAACGAAAAGAAAGAGAAAACAAAAUUUCAGAAUUUAAUUUUCCCUCCGUCAUUUUCUGUAUUUGUUUAUUCCAAAGUAAAAUAGUUGUACUAUAAUCUGGUUUGAACAGACUUAAAGUGAAGAAAAUAUUCUGUCUUUUUAUGUCAAAGGUGCUUUAUGAGAACUUACAGAAUGUAUUAUUCCAUUUUUUCUUGGUAAUUCACACUGUGUAGCCUCUAUCUGACAACAGCAUUGAAACAGCUGCAUCCAUUAUCUUUUUAUAGCAGUUUGCUCAUUCGUAGGGUUUCUCUUUAAAAAACAAAAGUCUAAGCUUUUUUAUAUGGAGUGCUGACUGCUCAUUUAACAAAAACAAAUGUAAAAAUCACAUUUUUGAGCUGUUCCUUCAAACUGUUUAAAUACUUUUAAUGUAUUUAGUUCUUCACUUUGUUCCUCUUGAUGGGUCUCUUCCCUGAAAUCAAGAACAUUGUUGUGUCAUUGUUAUAGUUAUAUAUAUUUUUUUAAUUCAUAGCAUAUAUAAGUGACUGUAGUCUGAAGACAUAGACUGAACUUGUGUCGAACCAUGCUUUUAGGAACGGCAGCAGGCCAUAGAGCUGUGGCAGACUGCAUCGCAGCAGCUGGACUCCCUUCAGCAGGUCUACCAGAAGACGGUCUCCGAUGGACAGAGUCACGGCACUCAGAGACAGCAGCUCAAGGUUUCCAAAGAUUCCUCAAUUUCCUUCAGAGCCUGCAAAUUUAUUGACAACACAAUGCUGACAUUUUACCAGUAGAUGGAGCCAUUAUCAUACAAAUAUAUCAAUAACAGCAGUUUGCCUCAGUCAAUGCUGACCAAGAGUGUGAAGUGAUUACAAAGAAGUAACGUGUCUUGGGUUUUCUCCUGUUUCUGCUUAAGGAUCAGCUCGUGGAGUUCAAGCAGCACACACACAAACUUCAAGUGGCCAAUCAUAGACUUGAAAUGGUGAGUGAAUUUGAAUUAAAACUACAGAUGACAGCCUCUUCAUUAGCAAAGAGAUAAAAGAUCUGCCCUCCACUCUGAGAUUAACCUUGCUUUAAGAAACUUGUUCUCAGGUAAAAUGGUUUAUAAAUCAUCGGCUUAGCAAGAACUCUGAAAAUUAAGAAAAGGAGUAUCAGCAUUUUUUUCUUCAUUGUUGUACUCGAGCCGCUCUUCUUUCUCUUGUCCCUGCUAAGAUUGAGGUGUACUUACUUCCAUUCAGAGUCUCGUCUAGUGCAGACUCUAAUCAACUGAUGUGAUAACAUCCAGGGUAGCAUAGAGCUGUGUGUUAUUUGGGUGUUUUUUAUAAAACGUGCAAAGGUAGGAAGCAGGUGAGGAUGUGUUUCUGUGUGUAUUAAGAAAGGAAAACUGACAGCUCUGUGUUGGUGAACCUAACAGGACUAAUUGAUAGACAUGCAUGCCUGACGUUUACUCUGGAUACAGUGUAGUAUUUCAUCAGGGAGUAACAGUAUAUCACUCAGAUGCAUAUUUAAUGAGGGGGGUGGGGCUUGUCCGCUCCUCUUACUGACAUCAGUCACUACUUACAAAGUUUUACUCUUCCACCAAGAAUAACCAGCAGAGGCUUUCUGGGGAUAGAUUUGAAAAAAGGAAAACGACAGGAGUGUGGUUCAGUAUUUGGUUCUUGAGUAAGCUGGGACUCAGAUGUUACUUGAGGUCAUGCUACAACCAUUGAAGUCCUGUGUCUCUUGCUACACACAGACCAACCAACACUUCCUGAAGACGGUGAGAGAACAGAACAAGGAGAUGGAGGAACUACACAGCCAGCUUAGGUAAAAUGAGUGAUGCUAGUAGUUUACACUAAGAAUAUGUCUUUUUUUAUCAUCACUUUGGCCCCUUUUGAAUGACCAUUGAAUUUCCCUUCGGGGAUCGAUAAAGUUCUUCUUAUUAUUAUUCUUUAACUCUAAGUUCUUGCAUUAUACAAAGAUAAAGCAUCAGUUGAAAAGACAUGUCUGGCAAGAACCCUGCAUGUUAUACUGUAUGUGUUAAUACAGGUGAACUGUGCGUGAAGUAUUUCUUUUAGCUGUUGAAAAAAGUCUUUUAAAGGGGGUAUUAGGCUUUUUUUCAGACUCUAUAUUUUCUCUCUGAUUCCUCUUUAAUAGCGUUACAUGAUUCUCAGAUCAAAAAAGCCUCAAAAUUCUCACAGCGGUGUAUUAAAAUCUCAUUAUUUUAGCCUCCAUCUGAAACACUUUGUUUUAGCUGCUGUCAAUUUAAGUAGAAUUUUAGUAAAUCUCGCACAGAAACAAUCUCGCAUUUUCCGAGAUUUGAGCAGUUAACAUUUACAUUCUCAGAUUAUGACAAAAUACUUUAAACUUGUGACACCAAACUUUGUAACUUUGCAGUUUUUGUUGUAAAUGUGGAAAAGCAUGAUAGGCAAGAGCUGAUGUGAGAACCCCACAAAAAAGAUUCAGUUAAACAGCUCUUGAAGAGUCAUGGUGAGAAUGGCAGCACCACUUGUAACCCCCCCUUUAAUUUUUAUUUUUCUUUCCCCGUUCUGGUGGUGUAGGCAAGCCAAAGCUGAGCUGAAAACUUCCACAGCCAAAAUAGAUGAGAUGACCAAAUUUCUCCAGAAUGUCCAGGACCAAACAAAGAAACAGGUGAGUGGAAAACCCAAACUUCAUGGACUAACGCAAUCAAACAGUAUUUUGCAUAAGAAAACAGACAGUCCAUUCUACAGGGGCGGGACAGAAAGUAGUAAAUGUGUUCACGCAGGUCUCAGUGAACUGUGUACACACCUUGAAGGAGGACUGAAUGGGUGAAAACCAGCAUUUGAUUUAUUUCUAUACAAGAGUUGUUUGGUUGUAUGUUUUUUUAAUCACUUUGGGCUUAGCUUAUCACUGCUGGUUUUGAAAAAAAAACAAAAAAACACUAAAUAGAUAUAUGAAUGUAUCACCGUGUGUCCAGGAGGAGACUGUGACAGAGGCUCAGGGCCGGGAGAUUGCAGCAGAAAGGAGGGUCAGACAGCUCCAGACUGCCUUGAGCCAGCUGGAGACCAGGUAAGCUCAGAAAAGACUGAUUUCUGUACCCAUGUUUCCCUUCACAUGUUUCUCAGACACUUCUUACAGAAUAUUACAUGUAUUCUGCAACAUGAAACAAGAAGAGUUAAGCAAAUUUUCUGAAGUUAUUUUGAAUUUGAAGAGUCCUAUUUUGAAGAUCCUGUAAGGAACUUAUUGCUCACGUGGAUUUUGGCGCCCCCCAACUGGACAAAUUGGUAGAUUUGUGCCAUAUAUGUAUCAGACAAAAACUGUCCAUCUGUCUGACUUUGAGCAUCAAAACAGAAUACACACAAAAAAAUACACUUAAAACUGAAGACGACAUGACAAUAACAACUGUAUGUGAAAAAUAUGUCAAGAUAAAACAAAAUAAGAUGAAGAAUCUGAACCACAGAAAAUGAGGAUGGAAAACACUUGAAGCAACAUGGUUUAGCGACACAGCUAACAUUCCCCGUCCAAUAAAUGUUCACAUUUUAAUCUCUGUAAAGUGAAAGUACAUUUCAGAGGCAAAAUAUAUUCAUUUUCUGUAAAAGCACUGUGUGACCCCUGAUCACAAAUAAGUACAUCUAAAGUACAUUCAGGUGAACCGAAAGUGACCAGGAGAUGAACAAAAAUGAUUGAUUUCAUAGGAUUAAAAUGGAAACAUCGCCGCACCGGAAUUCUCCAGUGUUUGAAUUCUCCAUUUGAAAAGCUCCAAGUACAGUUUUGUCAUUAACAUUUGUUUGAAAGUACGUCCAGAAAUGAGCACAGACUCACGACUCCUGGCAGUGGAUACUCACUACUGUAACUUCCUCCUUUUUUUACAUCGUAAGGCUCAAAGCUGCUUCCCAGGAGACAGAGACAGUCAGCAGAGAGCAGUCUGUGUGGGAGAAAAAAGUUGGGGAACUCCAGGCCCGUGUGUCCACCCUUGAAGAGGAAAAGUAUGAAGCCCUGGCCAAAGUUCGAGAGAGUGUUCAGGUUGCUGAGGAGGCUGCAUUGCAGAAGGACCAGGUAUAAAUAAGCGACCUCUUUUCUUCCUAGACUCUGCUCCUUCCCAUUAUUUUAGUCGUUUUCGCAUCAUUUCCAGUGUGAUGGCCUACAUAACCCAUUAACCAUUGAAAAAAUGAUGUUAAAAAUAUGUGUUUGCAUAUGUCCACAUCUCUUCAGACCCUGCUGAGAGAAAAAAAGAAAACUGAGGAGCUGGAGAACACAAAGAGAGGCAUCAAACUGUUGAUCAAGAAUGCUGCAGUCCGCACUAAAACAGAGGUACUUUCACAGAUGGAUCUAGAAAUAACUAUCAACCCUAUGCUUUUACAAUCAUAUAUGCCUCCUGACCUUUAUUUCCUAACUAUAAAAGACUACCAUUAUGACCCAACUUUACGAGUGGAACAAUCAAUGCUGGGCCUUGGAGACAAUAUCGGUACUCCACCUGUAAAUUUGCAGAUUGUGAAGUUAACCGAGAGAGUGAAAAUGAAGCCAGUCAUGCAGCACAACGAUUACAUUCAAUAUUUCACCCAACUACAGUACUCAGUUUUGUCAAGUUUUUACCUACCAUGACUCAUCCUGACUGUGGAAACCUAAAUAUGCCAACACAUAUCCAGGGCUCCCAUCACUGGUGAUUAGACAGUCAUUCAGAUCCACUCCUGGAGCGUACUGCUUAGUGUUGUGUGGUUUGCAAAUGAUUCGUUCAAAAGAACUGAAUCUAUUAAGUGAACGUACUGAACCGAAUCAUUUCCUCAAGUGAAUUAUUCGUGUCUCACUCCUGUUGAGCUGUCAGCAGUGCAGCUGCCAUAGUACCCAUCAUUGCUGGGCGAGCAGCCGGUGAGCGAGGGACCGCAUGUGCCGACACCUGAAUCACUUGGUGAACGAAUCACGCAGUGAACUACACUCUCUGGAAUCAUUUUUUCCUAGAGAUACACUUUCAUGCGACCGUUUUUCCCCGUUGUUUUAAAAGAUUUAGUUCCCAAUUAAACAAUCUUAAAACAUUAGGCUGCUAACAAAACAGAACAGAGCUCCACAGUCCAAGCUCUUGACAGAAGCGACGGAGGGAGAUAGGUAUGUGUUGUGUUCAAGUGUACCUUGGAGAAAAGUAACUUUUUUUUUUUUUUAAAUUGCCACCACAACAACUUGCAUUAAGUGAUUUGGUGAACAAAUCUUUUUUAGUGAACUGAUUCUAGUGAUUGAGUACAUCUAAAAGAACUGCCGUGCCCAUCACCAGUACUGCUCUCAUUACCUGAGCCUGAUGGAGGAGGGGCCUGUUUGCCUCAGCUUCUCCUCCAGAAACUCUGCCCCUGCCCGGAUUCUCCCAGUCUAAACUGUGUAACUUUGUCUCUAACAGGUUGAUAAUGUUCGUAAGCAGUACAAUGUACAACUCCACCGUAUGGCUGAAGAGUUGUCUGCGCUGCAGCUGGUAAGGCCCAGGAUCACCUGAGGCACAAUCCUCUUAUCAGUACUUUUACUCCUUUUUGGUCCCUUCCUGUCAACAGUUUCUUUUUUUAAUCUUUGUCUUCUCUCUCCACUUCUCUCAAGGAGUCUGCUGACAAAGAGUCUCAGAUCCAAAGGUCUCUGAGAGAGAGAAUCGCUGUAGAGGAGGAGCUGGAGAAGGUAACGGAAAGAUUUGGACAAACAGAUAUGACAGUUGUCAUUUAACCUGAGGAACAAGGCUGCGUGAAUUUAAGUAACGAAAAAUACUUGAUAUGCUGGUGUAGGUGUACAAAGAGGGCAGGGCAGAGCCAGAGUUCAGGAAAAUCGAUGCCCUUCACCAAAGAUGUCUAGAGGCAGAAAGGAUGGCAGAAGAUAUGAGACUCACUCUGCAAAGCACCCAAAACAAACUGAAAAAAGUUGAAAUGGAGUAAGUAUGAACGAAGGCGAAUGGUUGAAACUAUUCUGGGUCUCCCCCUUUAUACAAAUGAAAACAACAUUUUAAGUACAUGGAGUCUAUUUUUGAAUAAGCUCACUAUCUUUUGGUCAUCUAGCGUCACUAACUCUAACUAAGCUCUUCCACAAACCUUUUUUUCUUUCUAACCUGAGAAAUCAAUCUAGAGCAGUGGUUCUCAAGUCACACCUUCUCAAGUCAAGUCACACCUGAUUCAAAUAAUCAGCUCGUUAUCAAGCUCUGUAAUGGCUUAAUAACGAGCUCAUCAUUUGAAUCAGGUGUGUUGGAGCAGGCAAACAUCCAAAACAUGCAGGACAGUGGACCUCGGGGACUGGACUUGAGAACCACUGAUCUAGAGUAACAGCGAGCGUGUUUUUAACAAACAGAGCAGUAAUUUGAGGUGACCAAUCACAAACAUGAACCCGCUGUCAGCAGAGCUUCAAAUUAUUUACCCUCAGAGCAAAUUCUGAUAGGAAACAGGCAUGAGGAAGGUAAACAAUCAUAAAAAGAAGAGCUGAGAGAAUCUUAAAUAAACUUACAGAGUGAAAGAACAGAUUAUGACCUGUAAUAUCACUGUCCCGUCGUUAAUCUGCUGUAACAAUUCCCCGUUUUUCUCUUUAAUGGACUUUCACCCUUGUGGUGCGUAUGGCAGUUUUGGGUGUAAUACUUCAGCAUAAAAGCUCUAAUGUGGGUCAUUUUGGUCCCUGCUGAAGUAUGAUGUGGGGAAGCAUAGAUGAUAACUUUUCUUAAUAUUUUUUCUAAGUGCUCCUACAGUCAAACAAAGUGUCCCACCAGUCUCUCCACCUCUCCCCUUAUGAUCACUCCACAGAGCUCCACAGUCCAGAACAUUGAUUGGUCAGUUACCAGUUUUACAUAAACUGAUCUCUUACUCUUUGCAUAAUUUUCAUAACCCACAGUAGGGCUGCCAACGAAUAUUCUAAAUUCGAAUAUUUGAAGAAAAAAAAAGGAGAUUUGAAUGUGAAAAUUAAUAUUUCAAUAUUAAAUAAACAGUUGGAAAAAGUGUGUGGGGGGGGGAAUGAAAUGGAAAAAAAAAAACAGCAGCUACUUUGCGAGAACUUAAAGGACAAGUCAGGGACAGGUCACAGGAGCUGCACCUGCAGUGAGACUUGACAAAAACCGUCUGUGGCACAUGCAGAGAGAGAUGGCGGGAUGUUCAGAGCCAAACUCGUAAAGAGUGGACUCCAACGAACUUUAGAAGCUCUGUUUGGAAAUUCUUCAGAUUUUGGGCAGACACGGUAGACGGAAAAAAUGCUGAGCGAGAUAAAGUUAUGUGCAAGCUAGCUAUUCGAAUAUGUUCGAACCUAUGUGUUAUUUUUAGAACGAAUAUCCAAAAGUCAUUUGGUGCAAUUUUGACAGCCCUAACCCACAGCAGGUAACCAGUUUAGCACCACAAACUACCCUUGUUAGAAAUGAACCACUUAAAUUGUUGUGAGAGCCCAGAGUUAACCCCAAAGUUACCUCAAUAACUGCAAAUCAAGCUCUAUAACAUCCCCGUCUCUAUAAAUAUGCUUAUCAUUUGAUCUACUAACUAAUCACAUAAAAAUAAACUAUAAUUGGGUUACUGUUUGUGUUCAGUUUCCAUCUGUGUGUAACAACUAAACAUGUAUGUGUGUGUGUGUUUAAUCUACUUACGUAGCUACGGUGAGGAGCUGUCAAGGUGCCAGGAGGAAGUGCGGCGUCUGCAGAGUUCUCUGUCUUCAGCGAGAGAAGACUGUGUUUGUAUCAGUGAGGAAAAGCUCAGGCUGCAACAGGAAAACCUCCAUCUCUGCAAGGAAACAGAUGAGCUGCGCAAGAGCCUCCUGCUGGUCCAAAAAAGGGCCAAACAACAGGUGACCCAACAUAGAUCCAAGAAAAACACAAAGUGGCCAAAGACGUUAUCAGCUAAAUAAUUCAGUCGCUUUUGGUAAAUGGUAAAGAUUGGAACCCUGAUCACAUGGCAGGGUUUUUGGGGCGUAUAAGAUUCAAGUCUAGAGCUGCUGCUGAUGCUAUGAAAUGAUUUCGAUUAAAAUUUUUUCUGUUUUCUUUGUAAAAGGUAGCUAAUCUGAGGAACACAGGGUACUCUAAAACAGACCUCUUCUCUGCUGUCCUCAACGUAGGUGUCACAGAUGGAGCAUAAGCACAGUCUGAAGGAACAGGAACUUGAGGCGAGGUUGCAGGAGCUGGAGGAGUGCAGCCGAAGCUCUAGUGCUGAUAUGGAGCGCCUCCUUACGACCCAUCGGAAAAGUACCCAACACUGGAAGGAGGCCAAGAACCUGGUCCAGGCCUCUGAGACCAAAAUCACCAGCCUCAAGUAAGAACUUUAAAAGGCAGAGCUAACUCAGUGGGUUAUUGACAGCUCAAACUCUCAAUGAAUAAGAAACAUCAAUGAAAGAGACACCAAACUGAGGCCCUGUUGACGUGGACCUGCUCCAUGUAAAUACUGUCAAAUAAGAGACUGAGCCAUGUUAAGAUGGAGAGGGGCGGUGUUUGAAGUUUGUUUUUUUGGGUCCAUGCAAACACUUGAUUUGUUUCCGUGUUUCUGAUUGGGGUAAAAUGAUCCUCUAUGUGUAGAUCUGCCCAACAGUAUGUUCCAGGAGCAUGAAAUCAGUUUGCCCACUCAGCUUCGUUGGUCACCAGUUGACUUAGGUCUUCAAUCCAGACACCUUCUACACUAGAUGAAACCGCAAUCACAACACAUGAAAGAUGGUGGCAGAAAUGCAUCCGUUGGUUUUUUGUGGAAACGCAUCAUCUCCAUGUUUAUACAUUACUGUAGAGGCGUGUGCUGCCGAACUCAUUAAAGGGAGCAUUUUUACUAUCAAAACAGAAACAUGAUUCAAACAUCAGAGGGGUGUGCAAGGUUAACUGAAUAAACAAUCAGUGUCGUUUGCUGUUACCAGAAUAGUUGAGAAGUUUCUCGUCUUAAACAGACAUGCAUUGUCAACAUUUUGAUGACGGUAGGCCUGAAAUGUAUCUCUACUGUAGUGCACAGGAAUUCAAAACCUUCAUCAGACAGACUUUUGUCAUUACAUUUAUAGAAAAGCUUUUAUGAAUGACGCCAAUCUAACAGACACAAAACUCAGUAGAGAAAAAGGUACGGUUGCAUAAAGAAAAAAUGAUUUUUUUUUACUCUCCUUUGCAGUUUAGAUUUUCUAUUGCAUUUAGAUGAAAUCAGAAUGCUGAUCACUUGCACUACAGUAUAGUAUAAUACAAGAACUUUAUUUACCCCCAAAGGGAAAUUCAUUUGUCCGAAGUGGAAUUAAUUUUCUUCUCUGGUAGGACAGUUAACAAACUGUGUAAAUCCAGUCAGGUGAGAGGAGAGCGACAUGGUUGAAGUCUCCUGAUAUCAUUACAAGUGCCUCAGGGUGUUGAGUCUCUAUCCUAGCAACAGUAUUAUGGAGAAUACAUGUAUACAGGUAUUGUUAGAUUUGACUGUCCAAGUCCCUUGGAACAUAAUAUGGCCUAAGAGCAACUGCUGACAAUUAAACAUCUGGACAUCAUAUCUUCUCCUUGACAGUUGUGAGUGAAGAGUUACACCAUCUCUGAUUAACAAAUAAAGCCAGACCUCCUCCUUUCUUCUUGCCACUAGCUUGAGCAUCUCUGUCUGACCUUGUGAGAGUGAAGCCAGGUAGACCCACACUAGAGUCUGAGUUGUUUUGAUUCAACCAGGUUUCAGUAAAACACGGGAGACUGCUCUCAUGGUAUGCUUUCUCAGUCUUCACCAAUAAUUCCGGCUCAUUGCUUUUGUUGGGCAGAGGGUUGAUGUUUCCCAUGAUGACUGGCGGAAGAAAGGGUUUAUAUCUCAAUUUCCUAGCCUUCAACUUUGCCUUCACCUCUACACCUUCAGAUGUCCAGAUUUGCAUCUCGGUGAAAGAAGCACUUAUCUUGAAUAAACUCUUCUCACAGCAGAAAUAUCCAUCAGCAGCUGAAAAAAACACAAUGAAAAUAUUUAAAAAGAAAAAUAAAGAAUAUGGCAAAAAAUUGCAGAAAAUUCAGACAGACCAGACUUUGCUGCUCUUUAGUGGAGCACAGCUUCCACCGCCUCAGUCACAAGUGCAACAGCAACAAGUGCUCAACAAAGUAAUGCAAAUAUUUGUGUUUGAAGAAACUGAAACUCUAUCUGGACAUGUUAUUUAGGCCUAACAAGCUGUUAAAAGCUGACUGAGACAGGAAAGGACCAAGAUGCAUACUCACAAUAACUUUUUAGAACUGUACAACAAAUGCAAACAUGAUUCAAAUGAAACUGAAGCUGUGUCAGUAUUUUUUAACUUAGGGGGCUAAAUUGUCAUUUGUGUUUCAGAGCAGAGCUAAAGCGUCAGAGGCAACACUCCCACAAGCUACAGAUGGACCUCGAAACUGACCAUAAUAUUGUCGCAGAGGUUUGUGGAACAUGCAUGUGCACCCACACUAUGUGCCCGUGGUGUUUAGAGCGACUGAGAGAUGAGUCAGUCAGUCACUAUACAUUCAGAUUUAUGAGAAAACAGUUUUAAUCAUCUGUUCAAAUUAGUGACUUAUUUCCUAAUCCUGUGCUCAGCAACAUGUUUUCAAGCUGCAGGGGUGAAUCCUUGCUGAAUGUUUUAGGGCUCUGCUUUAUUUGAGGGGUCACAAACAUAAUAAAGUCAUGGAGAAGAAAUGCUGGGUUAAUCAUGGUUUUAAUACCUGGAAUUCAACAGAUAAGUCAUUUUUUUCUGUCCAAUCUUUUAAACUGCACACAUACCUAUAAGGCUUUGCCGAUAUUUUGAAGUAUGUAAGACAUCAAACUGAGUAAAUGGUACACUACUCCAUUUCAACAAGAGUUGGAUAGCCGUGUUGACUGAAGUUUUGUACAACACCAGGUUGCAGAAAAAGUUGGUGGAGGCACUCAAGACUGAAAAAAAGAGAAUCACAAUUUUGAUACAACUCAGUGUUUGCCCCAGAAAUGAUGAAAUUGUACAUCAAACACCAAGGGAACAUCUCACUGAAAACCAGGUUAACAUCAUAGUGGGGCAUAAAGACAACAUCCCAGAAAGGCUGACUCUCCCUUAGGUAAAAAUGAGGAGGGGCGCUAAACUCUGCUAGGUGCUAGAACAGCACCUAUCUUCAUCAACAGUAUAUAUAGGGUCCCAGCCAUAGCGCUAACAACCAAACAUCUUUGUAACUUUGGCUAAUUUCUUUAGCAAAGAGACUAAACACAGCUCACCUGCUCUCUUCCAGCAGCCGCUUGUUUGUAGGGGGCCCUUAGGCCAGUCCAUUACGGACUGCUGCGGGAUGACGCAGCUCAAGGAAGAACAUUUAUGAUCAUUACUUUAUCGUCUUCAUUUUGCACUGACGAGGUAGUUCUGCCUUGGCGUCUUGUCUGAUAGCAUUUCCAUUAAGUAAUAAUCUUAAAUGUUCUUCCUUGAGCUGCGUCACCCCGCAGUCCAUAAUGGACUGGCCUGAGGUCUCCUUACAAACAAGCAGCUGCUGGAAGAGAGUAGGUGAGUCAUGUUUGGUCUCUUUGCUAAAGAAAUUAGGCAAAGUUAAAAAGAUGUCCAGUGGCUAGUGCUGUGGCGAGGACCCUGUAUGGCUCCUCACACCGCUGUGUAUUGCUAUCCUGCUGUCGUUAUUAAAGUUGGUAUAACUAGAGAAGCAAGCAGUCUCUAACAUUCAUCUCUUGAGGGGGUGUCUAACUCUGUGUUACAGUGUGUUUGGCCCUAAAUUAAUUUUACGCCGGAAUAUCCCUUUAAUACAGAGACAGCAAAGUGGCAUUAUUAAUAAUGACAGGUCCUUCAUACAGCAGGGUUGGGGUCAUUAUUCUGUGUGUACCCUCAGUAGGUUUAGAAUAACCACCUGCUGUACGUUUGUUUGUCCAGUAUGAGAGGCAGCUCGCAGAGUGUCAGGAGGAGAGGGGUCGACUCCAGAAUCACCUGACACACGCUGAACGUAAGGCCGCUACAGCUUCACAGCAGGUAUGGCUGAUACAACACAAGUGAGGUGAUGAAGGUGUGUAUCUGACAUGUUUAGGUCACAUCCUGUGUUUUAUUGUCUCAAACAGCUGAGUCUAUUGACGUCUCAAAGAAGGAAAACAGCCACGGUUCCCAAGACAGCUGUGCCGCAGUAGAAAUGAUGAAGAGACCUGUCCUUGUGUGUUUAAAACAUUUGUAGUUUUCUUUUUGAUAAUGUGAGAUGCUAAAUUCAGCCAAAGACUUUGGACUCCAGUUUGUUUAGUCUUGAAGAAAUGAAGUUAAAACAUUUUUGUGAUCUGUCCAGCCAUUUUACUGAAAGUUUUCUAUAUUAUUCAGAACAAUAAAAUGAUUUUUUUACUGAUGUAAAAAAAGCGUGUUUUUUGUAAAUGUAAAUAAACACCUUUGAAAUUA